AUGGCAACUGUGCAGCCAAUCUCCUUCGAGAAUCGUAACCCUAUCGAGCGGGUUACAUUCCGCUCUGAAGACCUGACGUGGCACGGCAAUUUGCUCAACUUCGCGGGCUCAGACGACGAGAGCUCCAUCGACUCGGACGCUGUCUCUGAUUCCGACGUGUCUUCGUCAAUCUCGUCCUUCGAAGCGCCCUCUUCUAGUGAUUCCAGUGACGAAGAGAGCGACUCGGAAUCAGAUUCAGGCUCGGAGUCCGAUUCAUCCGUCUCAGAUCAGGACCAAGUGGACAUCGUUGACCAACAUUCAUCCGACGACGAAGGCAGCCGUCCACCAGAGUCCACCUUCUACCGUCAUCCCUCUUUGACGCUGACGGGGACUGUAUUGGACGCUGUUGCGGACAUGGCUCGCACCGACAAUCUUGGCUACAUUGCGUGGCUCGUACCCAUUACCGGCAUCUUCACCAUGCUCGGUACCGAAUUUCUGGCCUGUGUUAACCAUUUCACAUGCUCCGAGAACUUCCCAACUUUAUCGUACGCCGCCACGUUCCGACCGGAAGCUUUCGCCUUCACUGGGGGCAUGUGUCUUACCGCCAUCUUCAUCUUUACAUCGGUCGUGCUCUUCUUCUGGUACCUGCGACUACGAAUGCAGCGAAGCUCGGACGAGCAAGAGAACACACCGAAGCAAUUAAUGACCGGAUAUGCUUGUCUCGUGUCUGGAAUGACGGCAGCCAUCUCGCUCUUUGGACUCGCAGUAAUGGAUAUGCGCAAUUAUCAUGACGCGCAUAUCAACUUCACCAUCGCCUUCUUCAUCGCGGCAUGGGCUACAAUGAUUGCGGUACAAAUAGCGAGAAAGAAUGUUCUUCAUGAGGACGAGAGCGCUGAAAAAUCUUUCUCGACGGAUAGUCUUCUGGUUGUACUGCGUCGUCGCUCCUUUUGGCUCUCGCUGCGUCGUUGGAGAAGGCUGGAUGUGUAUACAGCGUACACGCUCGGUCAAUUGCUGCUUAAUACUGGACUGGCGUCGACGUUCUUGUUUGGUUUGUUUUUCCUGUGCGCUAACGGUGUGUGGCCAAACCCGCUGGGUUUUACUGCAGUUCAAGAAGCCUUUUUUGAAGCUGUAGCCAUUAUGUGCCAGCUUCUCUUUAUGGGUACAUUUUCUUGUGAGUUGGCAAGACUUGCUCGACUUGUUGAACGCAGUGACUACGCAGAGUUAGAGAGGACUGAAUAGCUACAAAUCAAUUUGCAUACUACCAUUUAGAGCAUGCUCGCUUUAUCUACGCCUGCUGGUUAAGGUAUUCGACGAAUAGGUCGCCGAUAUCAGCAACAGCGCAUGGUCGUAGCCGCGUGAUCUUGAUGUACUGACGACGGUGACGACGAGCUUCAGCCGUGGACAGCGGACGAGUGAGUCGCAGCUCGUUCUUGACAGUGUGUGGUGGCACUCGCAGACCGUCAGCCACUCCAGCAUCGCGUUGGUGAGUCAAUAAUGCCUCCACUACAGCGUUCGUGACUUCAUCCAGGGCUUGAAGGAAGCUCGUCUCCGCAGCAGGUGCAGCCUUGGUGGCAAGACCUGCCUUCACGGUCUUUCCGAACCGAAUAGCGUCGGUGAUGGCGUCCAGCGGUAUUCCAGCCCCAUCUACAGCAAAGUCGUCCGGAGUCAGGCGAAAUAAGGGACUGUCCCAUCGAUUCUUGUCCAUUGGAACCUCGAAGCGAGCCGCAAGCUCUUGCAACAGCUUGGAGUCAAGAUUUUCCUCACUCGCUGCGUUACGCUGCAACGCUAUCUCCAUCGGCGUGUCCACAUACACCUACAAGCAUAUAAGGUAUUAGUGCACAUUUCUAACGCUAACUGGAACUCUAAAAGAAAUGCGUACCAC